UUCCGGAGCUCUUUCACAGAAGUGUUUUUCCCCCUUUUCUCUAGCAUAUGUGUUUUAAAGCUUUCGAUAAUGAGUCUGAGGAUCAUUGUGGUUCUCGCUGUGUUAACUGGGAUAACUGGGAGCCCCAGACCUGAAGCUGACUCAGCGGACAUGAAGGCUCACCCCAACAGUGUACCAGAGACAGCGGAGAAAACCAAGCUCUUUGGACAGGAAGUAUUAGUGGUGGAGAAGGCUGAAGAGAAUGUGAUGGCGACGGGAGAGCUGAACGUCAAUCACUACCCUGCUCGGAGGGCGGCCCAAGUGGUACAACACUACCUUAACACCCGCUACGGCUCUCCAUACAGGCUGCUGCAAGUGGACAAAGUCCACAGAGGAAACGCAGAGGAUGUGGCAGACUCUGGAAGAAAGUAUAAGCUGGAGAUCUCAGUGCAGGAUUUCAUCAGCAAUAUCACUGACAAAUGCUCUGCAGAGAUUUUGUUUCCGAGGGGGGAACAGCAGCGCUCACCACAGGUCCAGGCCUCGUGUGAGGAGCCCCUGAAAAUCAACACUAAAGCUCAAGAAGAGGCCUUGUACCAACAAUACAAGAUGAACUCAAGCCAGCUGUCAGCACAAUAUCUCCCUGACAGCUACGGUCACAUCGAGCCUGACAUGAAGCCUUUCUGGCACCUCAGCAUCGUGGCCGCCAGCUUCGUCAUGCUGAAUGAGUCCAGUGAAAACACUCUGUACAACGUGGCUCAGGUGGCCAACAUCACACAGCUGGCGACUGAGAACGACCAGCUGAAGUUCGACUGUCACAUACUGCUGCAUGAGAUGGUGUCCCAGGAAAUAAUUCACUGGAAGCUGCUGUUCACCUGGUCCCCUCCAGAUGGUGUUAAAGUGCUGCAGAUGGAACAGCUGCCACACCGCCAUGAAGGGGAAAAACCUCCAAACACAAACUAAACCGCUAACAUUGGUCACACUGCUAUAACAAUAUCUUGCUGCUUGACUGAAUGCUGCAAGUAAAAAGCCAUCAUAUAUAAUGGUGAUAUCCUUACAUUGUGCUACUUUUGUAGUACUUUUGGUUGUUAUUGUAUUUUAGCCUAAAUAAACUGUUUCUACAGA